AUGCAGACCAAGCACAGCUCCCGCGCGCAUCGCCGACGAUCGAGCUACGACGACCACAACGACGGCGACGAUGAGGUCUCGUCGUGGGACUCGCUGUCCACUUCUCAUCACAGCAGAUCGACUUCUGCAUCAUCCUCGACAUCGUCUGAUGAUGGAAUCACAUCCAAGCUGCCGACACUGCCCGACCUUCGCUUUGAGCAGUCGUAUCUAGCGACCAUCCGUGGGUUCCUUCAUGAGGAGCACCCGUCGAAGUCGAGCGACGCAUCCGAGUUCGUAGAGGAGAAGCAUGGCCUCAAGACUGACGACAAGUCGAAAGAGGACCACCAUCACAAGAUCGCCAUCACACAUAGCAAGGCGAAGGACGAACACGAGCUGUGGCUCGGCAAUCUUCGGGUGGAAUGGUUUCCUAUCCUUUACGUCACAGUCCGGGAUCAGCUCCUUUCGCCAUUGGUCCAAGGAGCCGUGUGGGGCUUGGGAGGUCUACUCCUGACACAGUUCCGCCAGUACCUUUCCGCACGAGCCAGCAGUCCACGCGUUGGCAGCUCCAAGCCGAAGCCGAGCAUGCUGCGCAGUCUUGGGCUCAACAAGCGAUGA